AUGUCGAAGGUGGCCAAGAUUUUCGCGACCAGCACCUUCUGUUACCCACUGUUUUCUUACGUGUGGCGCGUGCUUUUCGUCCCAGAACAGACGAGAAGCAGAGUGGAAAAGGCAGUGCGGCAGUUCGUCUUAGCAGUCCCAACGGUGAAGCUCUUGGCUCUGUCGCAUGUCCAGCGGAUGUUCGGCAUACGCGCAGAGCUCCACGAUUUCCGGCUGCGGAACGUCGUGGGCCUCAUUGGCGCCGCAGUCAAGUUGGAGACUUUCGACGCGGGGCAGAUACCUCUUAGCGGAGACAUCGGGCAUGCUGGGCAUCCAAUGCGCAUGUGGAGACAUUACAGACGUGCUUUCUGCUUUUUCCGCAACGCCACCGGGACCACGGCGCACGCCGUUACGACGCCAUCUGGCGCCGGCACGGGCGCGGCCGCCAGGGCGCUGUAUCGGCGGUUGAUUGCCGCGGAAGCUGACGCCGUGGAAGGGCACGUUCGUCGCCGGCUGCGGGACCGCGGCAUUCGCCCGCAGUGCGCCCUGGACAAUUUGGCGCGACUCCCAAGCACGAUCCCGCAACGCCACAGAUGGGCGCUCUUCCAAUGGCUCCUCAAUGCGCCGCCCACCGCGAGACGCAUGCGUUUCCGCGGAGACGUUGGCGCAAACACGUGCCUCUUAUGCGGGGGAGGCGAGGACAGCAUAGAGCACAUGUGCACAUGCCCCGUCGUUCACGCUGCAUACGAGGCGAUUUGCAGUAGCACGGGCGUGAUGGAUGAAUGGCGCGACUCAUAUGCUUUCUUGAGCCUGCAGCUGCACGGUGCCCAGUUGCAGUCCAUCGCCGCUUUGCUUUUCGCUGUGGGCAGGGCUCGUUGGGCAAUGCGCAGAGGGCGCCGUUUUGACCUCGUGCAGCGUCUCCUGCGCCUGGUGGAGCACCCGUGGCUCAGCGCGGGCGACGGGCUCGUCAGCAGCAGCUUCGGCGCCGUUCGCCUCCGGGAUGGGGCAGUGCAGGGGCGCGUCGGCAGUGUCUUUCCGGCGUGCAGCAACAGCGCGGCGGAGUACGGGGGCAUGCUCAGCUGCUUCCGGGACGCGUUGCAACGGCCCGACGCGGCGGUCACGUUCCAGGUUGACUCCUUGCUGCUGGCACGUCAGUGCAAUAUGGAGUGGCGAUGCCGGUCGCCGUCGCUCAUCCCACAUUGGGAGCAGGAAGCGGACCUGUUACGCAGGCUCCGCGAUAGGGGCACGGCGUGCACCAUUCGUCACAUCUACCGAGAAUGCAACGCACUUGCUGACAGCAUCGCCAAUGAG